UGAAAUAAUAGGUGUCUCAAUCUCAGUAAUUUUAUUAGUUUUCUUCGUAAAUGUGAAUAUAUCGUUCAUAAAUAAAGCUUUCACUAUAAUUAACAGCCAUUCGGACACACAUCCUUUGCAUCAACGACUUCCUGCUCGAGAUGCGUUUAUUUUAUGUUUACCCCAAGUACAGUGAAGAAUAGACUAAAAUGGAAUCGGGGACGGAUUGGCUCUGUGAGAUUCUGCAGAAUGUUCAACUGGAACAGUUUUAUUUGCCUAUCAGAGAUCAGUUGCAGAUUACAAGACUAGCACAUUUCGACUACGUGCAUGCAGAAGACCUUGAGAGGCUUGGCAUCAGCAAGCCUGGAGUACGCAGAUUAUUUGAUGCAGUCAGGAAAAAGAAGUUGCAGCUAUGGAACCGAAAGUUUUGGAACAAGUUAUUUGGUUCAUCAUCCAGUUCAGUUUCGAAGGAGAAAAGUGAGUUAGCAGUGAGACCAUCACAGUCUGACUCAAGGACAACAUGUAUUAUAUUGGAAAAGGAUAUUGUAUUACAUAGUGAGAUAGGCAAUGGAUCAUUUGGAGUAGUCAAACGCGGAGAAUGGCGAGUGUCCGAACACCCGUCCCAAACAGUUCCUGUAGCAGUUAAAGUUUUGAAGGCUGAUGCGUUCUCACAGCCCGGAAUCUAUGAUGACUUCAGAAGAGAGGUGGAAGCCAUGCACAGUUUAAAACACCCGAAUUUAAUCAAACUACAUGGUGUAGUGUUCCAUCCAUUGAUGAUGGUAUGUGAACUGGCAGCUAUGGGAUCUUUACUGGACUACAUUGUAGCUCAGAAUGGCAAAGUGUCCUUAAACUACAUCUACAAGUGGUCAGAACAAGUGGCAUCUGGCAUGGCACAUUUGGAGAAGCAUAGGUUCUUGCACCGGGAUCUGGCUUGCAGGAAUAUAUUGUUGUCCACAUUGGAGUUGGUGAAGAUCGGCGACUUCGGUCUGAUGCGGGCGUUACCCGAUGCCGACGAUUGUUAUGUGAUGAGCGAGGGCCGGCGCGUGCCCUUCCCGUGGUGCGCGCCCGAGUCGCUGCGCAGCCGACAGUUCUCACACGCCUCCGAUGUUUGGAUGUUUGCCGUGGCGCUGUGGGAAAUGUACACCUUUGGGGAGGAGCCCUGGAUAGGUUUAAACGGUUCGGAGAUACUCCGACUAAUAAUGCGUGAAGGUCAGCGUUUGUCGGCGCCGAAUGCCUGCCCGCCCGACGUGUACAUGCUCAUGAUGCAAUGUUGGGACCUUAACCCUAAGGAACGACCCACCUUCGCGGGCAUUCAGCGGUACAUUGAGACCAAUAAGUUCGAAACAGCCAUCGCUUCACUUAGUUACCGGCGGCCGAGCAAGAUGGCUAUUGACGCGGGUGACGCUAUCAUAUUGAUAGAUAAACGACCCGAGCUACACUGGUGGAAGGGGCAGAACCAACGUACUUUAGAAGUCGGACUAUUUCCUAGCACACUGGUGGCUAAUAAUUUGAAGAGCAGUAAAAACAAUGCAGCUAAGAAAUCGCUGACUUUAUCACCAGUGCAAAGAGCCAAACCUACACCUCCAUCCUCCAACGGUUUGUCGGAUGACUUAGACGUUGUCCUGCGCAAGCGUCGUACGAUCGAGUCGACACAGCCGCCGACCACGCGAGCUGGCAACACCGGCAGCAAACACUUCAAUUAUAACAAGCUGACCAAUGAUAGAGUGGCUUCGUUACACCUAGAACGAACUCGCACUAGGGAGGCACAUUCUAAGAGCUUGAAUCAAGUGAAAGAAGACAUAUUGAUCGACCUGGAUCUGCCGCCUGCCACGAGACUGAGCACGCCCGCCAAAAAGUCCUCUCCAAACAGUCAGAACGUUGUGUCUAUACUCGACGAACCUAUCGACGUGCCAGAAAUAGGACUAGACAGUGACUGGGGUGACCAGAGCUUAGAGAGUCUGCCCGGCCUGUCUGCAAGUUCAUACAACAUCCAGAGUUUCACAAACCUGUAUGGUGCUAAGUCCCUAGACAAUUUAUCUACGCCAUUACAUUUUAGCACAUCGCAGCCAACACAGCCAGAUCCCUUCGACACGUCUCAGUUUUGGCCCAACACGAACACCUCUAGAUCUAAUUACGAUAUAACUAUAAACGAAUCUAACACAAGCCAACCACAAGAAUCUCACAGAUACGCUAGUAACAACCACGCAUCUACAAGCGCGGACAUAGCACACAUUUACAAUAACUCGCCGUCCACGAGUGCCGCCAACUCUAACAAUACUUACGGCAACGUACCGAACUCUUACGCGAUGAAUAAUGCUCUCUCAGUAGAAAGAAACGUAUACGCACCAAGUGUGACCGCGUCCCUAGCAGAAAUGUCGCUGGACGACAGAAUUUCUGAAUCUCUUAACCUUAGAUCUAAAAGCAAUAACAGUGACUAUUUGUCUGGUGACUCCGCGUACAAUGCGCCAUCGACGUCCGCAGCUGCGAAUAAUGUCGCAGAAGACAAAAGAUAUAACGACAUUCCUCUUUACAAGAAUUACGAUAUCACUCCUGUACAACAGCAGUUUAUAUUGGAAACAAAAGACUAUUAUACGAAGUUGUCGACGCCAUCGAAAGCUAACACGAGUAAUGAUUACGAGAAGAAUAUUUAUGUACCCAAGUAUGAGGAAGAAGCUGAGAAGUUGCGGAACUUUAGCGAUUGUGUGGAGAAUUCUAAGAAUUACUCUGCCUACAAGUAUCAGAAUGUUGACUUUGGUAAUUAUGCGGCGUAUGGUUAUGGCGGGAGCGUGGCGUCGUCGUCUCGCGGGGACGCGCUGUACGACGAGGUCAAUGACACGGCGAGUAACUUCUACAGCGAGAUCGGCGAGCCGUCCUCGGCACGCAGCGUGUACGCGGCGCAGCCGGUGUACUCUAACGCUAACCUGUAUGACGAAGUGUACGAGUCCGUGCCCCGCCCGCACCGCCCCGCGCCGCCCUGCCCUACCAAACCUAAAUAAUACAUAAAAAUACUCGUAGUUCCCAAAAAAUAAAUGCUGCAAAAUACACUAUACUGUUAAGUUACCAAAUCAGAUGUUAUCUUUGUGCCUUCUAAUUUCUAAUUCAUAGAACAGUAAGUCGACUGAUUAACAGGUUGGCAUUUCAUAAGACUUGUAUCACACUUUCAUCAUUUAAUCGUAGUGUGAAUUUGAGAAUUAUUUGUGUAGUAGUAAAUUACUUUUUGUUAGUUAUAAUUUUAAUGCAUUGAACGCAUAUCUGAAUUAGUGUUUUUGUAAAUAAUUAUUAGGUAGUCUUCUGAAAUGUCAAUUUAUAUAAGACUGACAGCAUUUCAAAAUCCACCCCAAAAUUAUCGUAAGAUCUGUCAUUUCGUUCAUUUUCUCUAUCUAAC